GAAAUAAGUCACCCGGAAGUGAAUCUUCGUCGCCUAUUUGUUUCCGGUUGUGACUUGAGUGUCUUGACAAUCUUGACCCCCGGCAUUAGGGAGGACUGUUGCUUUUCCCCAAAAUCCUCACUCUAAUUUGAACAGGUGCCAGGGUGUCCCCCUCUUUAAGUGUGGUCCCUCAUGGGCAGCUGGUCUAGCAGUGCUGUGCUGGCGCUGUACCGGGCGUUGCUCCGUGCAGGGCGUCAACUUCAGUAUACUGACCGCAACUACUAUCGCCGUGCUGUGGCUCGUGAGUUUCGCCGCUGCCAAACCCUGACGGCACCUGAAGACAAGGAAGAGGCUCUGAAGAGGGGCCAGUUCUUCCUCAGUAGCCGAUUGGGCGGGCUUAUGUAG